UUGAAUUUGCCUUUGACAGAUAUGGCAUACUCUAUUCUGGUGGCUUUACUGGUGGUGUCUUGUGUCACUGCUUAUCCUGGCCCAUGGCAGCAGAGGCAGAGGCCUGGACGACGGCCUCAGUUCAGUGGAGGACCUCAAACGGGGGAUCGUCCACGUUUCGGAAUGGAUGAGGAGGAGUUCAUGCCCGGCUCAAACGGUGGUGGUAGACCAAGACCCAGACCAGGCCAAAGGCCAGGAGGGAAUGGAGGAUACUUCCCAAGACCAGAAGGACCAGGGGGCAAUGGAGAUUUCUUCCCAAGGCCUGAGGGACCAGGAAGUGAUGGUGGAUUCUUCCCCGAAUCUGAGGGACCAGACAUGGCUGGCAUGGGAAGGCCAGGACCAAGACCAGAAGGUCCAAGAGGCAAUGGAGGAUUCUUCCCUGAGGGACCAGACAUGCCUGACUGGGGUGUGGAUGAGCCAUGGUUUCCUGACAUGACAGACGGAGGGGAAGGUUGCGACGAGAACGAGGGCGAUGGUGGAUGGUCCAAUGGAGAUGGAGGUGACGAGGAGCCCACUGGCUUCCCAGACAGAGGAGACAAAAGGGAUCCAUGGAGCCAGGGCGAGUGGGGGCCUGGAGCUAGAAGGCCAAGGAGAAACCGCGGCCCCAACAGGAGAAACCCAGGUGGCAGGCGUCCAGGGGGCGCGGGUGGAAGAUUCCCCCCCUUUGGAGGAAGGCCGAUGCCACCUAGCGAGGAGCCCACCAGAGAGUUCACCCCUAUUGUGAAGCUUGACAAUGUGACCCUUCCGAAUGUUACUGAGAUGCAUCUCAAAGAGGGGGAGAACAUCUUCCUUCUACCAAUGGGCCGGCCACGUGGACCCCCGCGUAGACGCCCAGAGGGACGCCCAGAGGGACCCCAAGAGGGACCACAAGAGAUGAAUCAGUUCUAUGGAUACGGUGGUCCUCAGCCUUACAUCAAGUUGAUCCUCAACCCGCAAUCUACAACGCAAAGGAUUUCUUUUGAAUAUGGCAUUACCCAGCUGUUGCCAUCCUUCGGCUGACCCUGAAGAAGAUGGGACUGACAAUAACAAUGGAGUGUGACCUGCACAAUUGAACAUAUCAACAACAUGAUUCGGGCUCCACCUCAACCCUACAACAUGUCAUAAUGUGUUGCUUCUUUAACUGUGACAUGAUGUUUUGGUGAUAGGAUGUCCCGAUAUGCAAAAUGUUUAACUCUGAACUUUGGUUAAUAAAAACCAUUCAA